AUGUCAGACCCACAGGUCUCCGUGACCUUAAUCCCUCUCUGGGAUGACACCCAUCCCUGCCGCACCCUCACUCUAUUUGACGAUGACGUGCCUGUUCCCAUCGGACGUGCUUCGAAGCGUGAAGCCAGAAACAGAUCUCCCGCCAAAGAUAACGGAUGGUUUGAUUCUCGAGUGAUGUCCCGCGACCAUGCUCUGAACGUCUACAUUCUCGACUGUGGUUCGACCCAUGGAACAUAUCUGAACGACGACAAACUGGUGACCCAUGUGGGUACUCCACUGACGAGUGGAGAUAUUCUGAGAUUCGGCGUCGAUGUCGACCGUGGUCAAGAAGUAUUCGAGGCUCUCGAAGUUCGUUGCGAGGUUAACUGGUCCACAUCCCAGCCGGCGGUGGUUGUCGAGAGCUCGGACGCCAUCACAAUCAAACCAGUCCCCACCCAUUCGACCAACAGUUUCUCCGUCCCCGAAGACUACAGCGAUGUCGAGCCGGAGGUGGCCAUGCUUGAUAGUGACGACUCUAAGGACUCAGUUGCUCGAUCUUGGGACACCGCCAACCCCACCGCUGAGGAAAUAUCUCCUGUCUCCUCAGUGAGUGAGAACCGAAUCGAGGUCACAGAGCCGGUGAAAUCCGAAGUGCCGGAGAUUCCUUCAAGCCAGACCGAGGAAUUUACGGAACCCUUUUCAGGAUUUGACAUGCCUGAAAAAGAGCUACAAAAGAUGCGUGCCCGAGCUGCCGCCAUCGCCCAAGAAGUAGAAGCCUCGAAACAACCCGUGAAGCCGCAUCAAGAGCUUGCUGUACUGGAUGAAGUAAUCCCUGGGUUUCAUACAACCAAAAUGGAGCAUUUCCCUCCGUCCUGCUAUCAAACGCUCCCCGACGAAGAAUUCAGCGAUUGGACCAUGAUGAAACCCUUAUUCAUGCGGCUGGCUGACAUGGCUUGGGGUGUAUCUGAUAAGAUCCCCGACGUGGACCAUGUCAACAAAGUUAUCCACUCCGCCCGCCGCUGCUCAGUGGCCAAAUCAUCCUACAUGGUUGACGAUUCCCCCGACUUCCAGCCUUGGAACGGAACCGAGGUUCCUUGGGAAUUUAACUCAGACGAGGAAUCAGACACCACCUACCAUCGUGUGCCCGGUCCCGCUCUCAGGUAUUGGUUCGUCGACAAGCGCAGAUUCUGGAUUCUGGAUGGAGAUGAAGAGAAUGACCUCCGGAUGAGCGACUGGUGGUGGAUCGUUGAGAAGCCAUGGGAGCUUCUGAGUGAAGCAACCAAAGCCGAACUUGCCACCGAGUCCCAUGUUGACGACUGUCACAAAUUCUGGAUCGUGAGAGAAUGGGAGCCGCAGAUGGUUGGAUAUCAGUGGUACGAAUUCACACCCUACUGGGAUUCAAACUUCUGUGAGGACCUGCCCUCUGAUGACGAGUCUAUGGACUCGGAUGAGUUGGAUGAAGAAGAAGGGGACUUGAAUGACGGGGACGGGGAUGAUUCUAUCUAUGAUCGUUCCGAUGCAUCUGAUGCCUGGGAUGGCUCAAGCGUUUUGCAAGAGGGCCACAUGGAAGAAUUCUCCGUCCCUUGGAUUACGCCUUUCGGCCAGGAACUGGAUGAUGAAGAUGAUGAAGAUGAUUCAGAGUACGACUCGGACGACUCAAAUGAAGAGGUUUCAAGCGAAGACGACGAAUCGGAAGAUCAAGGCUCUGAGAAUGAAGAUGACGAAGAUGAAGAAGAUGACUCCGAGUCUGAGGACGAGGUUGAGAACGACACUUGCCCCGAGGAGGCCUACAUCAGACGACUUACAAAGUUCAUGGAUGUCGCAUCUUCUAUGCCUAACUUCUACCCUGGAAACAACGACUCGGGAUCGUCUCUGCCAACCCCUACCUCUCCGUGCCCAGAGCGGCCAGAAGCCACGACUAUCCUUGAUGCCGAAGCCGCCGAACAGCCGGUGUGCCGCCCAGUUGCCCCGAAGCUACCUGAGCUACCCUGCUUGCGCGACGUACCUGAGAAUGCGUCCGUCAAAGAGACACUGACCAUACCGACUUCACCCGCAAUGAUCAACCCCGCUGCUCAAUUCCCUAACUGUGCCGUCUCUAGUGAGCUUCCAAGCUCCUGUCAGAGCAUAUUACCUCAGGGGCGAUUAAGUGCUCUCGUGGAUCAGUCCGCACAUGGAUCCUCCAUGAACCACUCUUAUCCUCUGCUGGCUCCGUGGCACCCCGCUUCAAAAGAAGGGAUGCCAUACGCUGAUGGACCAUUCCUUUCUCCACAGAAGGAUUUGAAGCGGACCGCCACACAGAUGGAAUCCAGCUCCAACGAUUUUGAGUCUCAGAGCUUCUCCCAAGAUGCCCAGCGCCCACAACCCCUGGAGUCAUACAGCCAGGACACAGGUCUCAACACAAUUCCAUCUGCUGAAGUUCGGGAUGCUAUUACUUCCGCUCUUUCCGAGAAUGAGCCUCCGACAAAGCGAGUCAAGUCCACCCAUCCAACACCUUCGAAGAACUUGGCUAGCCAUGCUGCCACAGCUGUUGUCGGUGCUCUUCUGGGUGGCCUGGGUACUAUUGCCAUGUUGGCCGCACUCCCUCCUGACUAUUUCCAUUAA